AUGGAGGAGUGCGGGGACCUCACGAUCACAGGCAGCGACCUCAAGAGCGCCAAGGGCGCCACGCUGGUCAAGAGCCUGCAGGCGCGUACCCUCUCGGAGGAGCUGACCAACUUUGAGCAGACGGAGGAGCACGAAGGGCUCCAGUCAUGCGCCGAGGCCCUCGGCGACGCCAAGCUCCUCCGCCACAAGGACCCCGAAGUCAAGCUGCUCACCGCGUGCUGCGUCUCGGACGUGCUGCGCAUCUACGCCCCCGACACGCCGUACUCCCCCGACACGCUCAAGAACGUCUUUGAGGUGCUCAUCCAGCAGCUCAACGGCGUGCGCGACCCGAAGAGCGGCUCCUUCUCCCGCUACUUCUACCUCCUCGAGCGGCUCGCCAUGGUCAAGUCCUUUGUGCUGAUGAUUGACCUCGAGUGCCAGGACCUCAUCGAGUCCCUGUUCGAGGUCCUGUUCGACGUCACCUCCAAGGAGCACGGCGUGCGCGUCGAGGGCUUCCUCCUCGAGAUCCUCGUCGGCAUCAUCGAGGACCUCGACGCGGUGCCGCAGCCGCUGCUAGACGUCGUGCUCGAGAAGGUGGUGCAGCCAGCAAAGGCGGAGAAGCCGGCGGCGUACGCGCUCGCGCGCCGCGUGCUGCAGCGCUGCUCGAACGAGCUCAACGCGCCGCUGCACCACUUCCUGCAGUCGUGCCUGCCCAACUCGACCCUCGAGCGCGUCGAGUCGGACGUGCGCGACGAGUGGCCUCACCUCGUCGUCGAGGUCGCGAGCGCGGCGCCCGACGUGGUCAAGUACGUCGUGCCGCAGCUGAGCGAGGUCGCGACCAUGGAGGAGGAGGCGGUCCGGCUCAAGGCGACGCACCUGCUCGCAGACCUCUUCGAGUCGGGGCAGCGCGUGGAGCACGACUACCCCGCCCUCGUCACCGCCUUCAAAGGCCGGCUCAACGACGUGAGCGUCGAGGUGCGCCGCGCCGCCGUCGUGCGCUGCGUCGCGCUCGUCCAAAAGUCGGCGCUGCUCUCCGACCAGCUGCUACCGGAUCUCACGCAGCGGCUGUUCGACGGCGAGGACAAGGUGCGCGCCACCACCAUCAAGGCGGUGUGCGGCGCGUGCACACUGCGCGUCGAGCCCUUCGCCGAACUGCUCAAGGACAUCGGCGGACGCAUCUUCGACCGGCGCCCCGCGGUGCGCUCGGCGGCGCGCGCGGGCGUGUGCGCCAUCUACGCGCGCCAGAUGGGGACCGAGUUCAAGGCUGUCGCGGCGGAGGAGGUGUCCCCGCCGGAGGGCGUCGAGUGGGCGCCGGCGCGGCUGCUCCAGUGCUACGGCGCGGAGGCGGGCUCCGACCCCGCCUCGCGGCUCGAGCUCGAGGACUUGCUGCAGGACAAGCUGCUGCCGAGCUUCGCGGACGAGGCGGACGCCGAGGCGCUCCACGCGCGCGCUCUGACCGUCGCUCACGGCGAGCUCGCGCCGCUGCAGCGCAAGGCCUUCCUCUCGCUGCUGCGCGCCAAGCGGCUGUCGCAGGACCAGCUGCGCAAGUGGCUCGACCUGCACCGCGCCGUCAAGGAGAAGCGCGCGAGCGGCAGCGCCAAGGAGGAGAUGGCGAGGGU